AUGGCACCACCAUUUGGGAGAAAGCAUGGAAAAAAGUCAUCAUCAUCCAUGGUCUCUCAGAACACUCUUACUUUAAUUGCAUCUUCUGAGAAGAAAAAGAAUCAUGUCUCUCUCCAACACAAUAAUGUGAGAAAAACAUUGGGUGCAUUUAGAGAACUGUCUUCCAGACUUUUCAAUCGAAGUAUAGCAAAGAACCCUGGAGAACAGAGUGCACAAAUAAAAGCUUUGUGGGGGGCAAGACAAACAAUGAAAGAUGAAGAGAAGUGUGAAAACACUCCAAAGCAGGUGGGACCUAUUGAAGGAAUUCAAGUUGGUGACAAAUUCAACUACAGGGCUGAAAUUCUUGUUAUCGGCCUUCACAGGCAACCUAAUAGGGGAAUUGAUUAUGUCCAAGACAUUAACAGGAAUAACAGCUUUUUGGCAACGAGCAUUGUCGUCACCAAUCGCCGUGCAAACAUGUUCCAUAAUGGCUCAUUGGUCUACAUAGGUGAGGGAGGGAACCCUGGUGUUAGGACAAAUGGCUCUUCCCAUGAUCAGAAGUUGGAGAGAGGGAAUCUUGCUUUGAGAAAUAGCAUGGAUGCUAGAAGCCCUGUGAGGGUGAUAUUGAAAGUUUCCAGAAGUUCUGAUAAUGAGAGUGCCACUCAAUUCUUAUUUGUCUAUGAUGGGCUGUAUUUUGUGAAUGGUUUUACCAGAACAAGAGGUGAUAAUGGGAAACUUGUGUUCAAGUUUACAUUGAAUAGAAUGUCUGGUCAACCCCCCACCUGUGUUGCCCAUGCAGAUUUGGGUUUUAAAGGGUCAUAUGCUUCAAGCUCUAGGAAUAACAAGAGAUCUAAAGGAAGUUCAGCAGCACAAAAGGAGAAGACUCGAAGGAAUGAUGUUUCAGAGGGUAAAGAAAACAUUGCUAUUCCAUUGAUGGCAACAAGUGACUGUCUUGAGUUGCCUCCACCCUUUGAUUACAUAGUCAAUGUAGUCUAUCCAGGAAGUUUGAACUUGACGCAGCAGCCAAAUCCAAAAGAUUCGCGUGUUCAAUUCAAGCUGGCUAUUUUCAAGACAGAAAAGAAAGGUUGGGGUGUUAGAACCCGAUCUUUCAUACCAAUGGGAAGCUUUGUAUGCCAGUUUGUUGGUGAAGCUCAUUUGAAUGGAAAAGAUGGAUUAAGAUUGGGUACACAUGACUACAUACUGGACAUAGGUACUGACAAAGGUUACAUUGAUGCGACGAGGAGUGGAAAUGUCGCAAGAUUUAUAAAUCACAGUUGCACCCCAAAUCUAUGUCUCAAUGAUGAGGGUGAUAAGAGCUUUCCACAUAUGAUGAUGUAUGCUGUGAGGAACAUUCCUGCCGGGAGAGAACUCACCUACAAUUAUAAUUUCUACAACAGUAGACUUAAUAAAGCUGACAUUAUUAAGUGCUAUUGUUCGUCACAGGAAUGCAAGGGACAAAUAUAUGUUUGA